UAGCACACCACGCCUCAUCAUUCUCAAAGAGGUGUUUAUAGAAGACACAGACAUCUCUGAUCAGCCAGACGGCUUCUUUUCAGUCCUACAUUGCACCACCAAAACCCCAGAGAAGUAUGGACAAAGAGAGGAAUAUGGGGAUAUUCUGUCUGCUUCUGGCAGCUAUUUGCAGCCCUGUGUUAAGUGAGGAGUGGAGGGCCACUGUUGUGAAAAGACUUGACGCCUUGGUUACAUCCUGUGUUGUCGUGCCUUGUUCAUUCAGCCAUCCUAAAGAAAAACUGCCCACCUCCAGACUUAGAGGGCUCUGGCAUCGGAAAUCUAAAUGGAAUGAAUUAAUCUUUGCCAGUGAUCAGACGACGGUCUUAGACAGCUUUAAGGGCCGCACAAAAAUGUUGGGAGAUUUGGGUCAAGACAACUGCACCUUAGAAAUCACUGAUGUUAAAAAUCAUGACAAUGGUGCUUUCUGUUUCCGGAUUGAACUAGCCCGAACAGAGACUGAUAAAGCCACUAAAGACAAGUUCUCCUUUGUUGAGGAUUGUGUGGAGUUGGAUAUGCUCUCUGAACCUGCAAAGCCUUCGCUGGUUCACUCACCGACAGCCACUGCAGGACGUCCCUAUGUUGUGACAUGUACAGUCACCCACACCUGUCCCUCCCAUGUACCUAAAUUCACAUGGAGUAGGAGCAACACAGAUAGACCCACUGAGGUCCACAGAUUAAUUCAUAAUGGCCUUUGGGAGGCACAGUCCAUCCUGACGUUCAUUCUUCAGGAGAAGGAUGAUCACAGUGAGCUCACCUGCACAGCUGUGUUUAAUGGACAGAAGACAACCUCUGCAACACUGAAACUCUUUUUAAAACGUACAGAAAACUAUAACCACAUCAUCAUUCCCACUGUAGUGGCACUUUGUACUGCUGUGAUCUUUGGAGUCCUCUGCAUUUUCAUGGUGAAAAAAUACAAGAGACGCAUCGCAGAGCUCCAAAGUCAGGACGGCAGCAUGUGGAACCGUCUGUCCAGGCUGUCUCGCAGAAUUCGUCCUCCUUCUGGCCCAGGACCAUCUCGUUCAGAUCAAAGAAGAUCUAUUUGGAGCAGAUUUUCUAGGAGGCCUAAGGGGGGCAUGGCGGAUUUUGGUCAUAAUUCCAAUAAUGUAAAUUCACGAUCCUGCCCCGACCAGAAAAUCUCCAAGCCUCGUUUCCCGUCUCCCAAAAGCCAACCAAAAUCCUGCAAUUACAAAGAGGACCUUGAUGACUGUGAUGAUUACAUUAACACUGCAGACCUCAACAUCUAUGGCAACGUCUGAAAAAAGAAAAUCCAUUUCCAGGCACAGUUUGUUAUAAAUGCAAGCAACAAAUCUUGAUAACAAUCAUUUGUAUUACGCGCAUCUGAUGAUUCCAGUUUUGCUAUGCAUGACCGCUGGAUUUAAUCUCUUCUGUCAAGCAAGACACAUUUAAAUAAUCAGAUCACAUUCUUUAGGGAAAAUAAAAUGCACAUUUUAUAUUAUUCAUAAACUAUAUGUUUGAAUGUCAUUAUAAUUAAUUCUGCAUAGCUGUAGGUAUUCACCAUUGUUCUGUCAGUGGGUAUUUGUUUAGGCACAGUGUCUACAUUGCUGAGCCUGAAACAUGCUUUAGAGAGAUCAGUGGAUACCAAAGGCAGUGAAUAAAGAAAACAAGGAGGGGUGGGAAGUCAAAAGGGACACCACUCUGGUAUUUGUCUGUUAAACAUAAGACCACAGCCAGAAACUUAGCUUAGCUUAGCAUAAAACCUGGAAACAGAGGCAACAGCUAACUCUCUGCUACCUCUGUUGCCAUAUUUACCUUAUAUCUUUAUCUUUAUAUCUCUCUCCAGCAUAUAUUCCAUAUAUCCCAUAUAUAACCCAUAUAUAGCAUAUAUCCCAAAAUGUCAAAUGUUUUCUUUUUGGAAUUUAAAUACAUACGCACAUAUCUAGACAUAUCUAGCUCUCAUAUGUGGUGCUGGUUAGAUUUUUCACCUCCAGUAGCAAAAAUACAGAUCUGGGAUUCACAUUUUGCUCAUACAGAGAGAAACUAUAUGGUUCAUGGGAAAAGCUGUAUGGAUGAAAAACCAAAGUGUAUACAUGAUUCACUGCUAAUGACAUCUACAUACUCAUCAGGGAAAAUUAUUUUUCAGCAUCUCAAUUUGAGGAGGUCAGGAGGAGGUUUCUUAAAAUAAGUUUAGGGAUUUAUGUUAAAGGUGGUAAAACUUUUUGUUAACAUUCACCUCUGUGGGUAAGUCAUCCUGAUCUUUAAGAAAAAGUUUACAACAAAAUCUUUUCAUUUUCUAACAUUUGUUUAUCAAAAAAGAUUUUGUCUAUUGUGAUGUGGCUUUUUAAAUCGUAAUUGAAUUGAAUUGAAUCUGAAACAGUUUAGACAUUAUUAAAGCACAGAUAACAGCAGAAGAGUUUUCUUCAAAACAAGUAGAAUUAUCUCCAUUGACAAAGUUGCUUUCUACCAGGGAUGUGUUUCAUUUUCAUGUAUGGUAUUUCUGUGAUGUAUUAUGUAUAUGUAAUCUUCAUGUAUUCUAUGUAUUAUUUGUUUCCAACUCUCAGUACAUUGGACAUUAGAUUUCUCUGUUUACUUAAAAAAAAUAAAAUACGUAAAAGA